CUUGAGUUCCCCGCCGGGCCGAAUGCCACAUUCAGCGCGCCUUUCCACAUCUGGCCCACACGAUCUGGGGGCGCGCCGGUUGAAUUGUUCCUGGACUGGGCCUCUAGUUUUGCAGCCCACAUUGGCGCGAAGAUGGCUGUCAUUCCACCAAUUGACCAU